AUGGCGAAGCGAAAGAGCAAGGUCUUGGCUGAUGGAGGCCCUGCACGUGAAGAGCAGAGUCGAGGGAAGAAGUCAACGACAGUGGUGGAGGAGGCGAAUCAACUUUCAUUCCUUGAGUUCAAGGAGCAGUACUGGAUAUCGGACCGGGAAAAGGAUGCGAUGAUGGGCGAACGCUUCGCCACAGACAUGGAGCUCUUCUUCGCUGGGGACAUGAAACCUGAACAACUGGAGGAAUGCUUGAAACUUGUGGAGACAACGAGUCGACCGGACUAUGAGAACAGCAGCUGGGGCUGGCAUGCCAACCGAAAGAGGAAGGAGAUGAAAGAGAAAGAGAUGCGAUAUGUCAUUCUAUGGCAGCGACCUGUUCGCGAGGGACAACCGUCGACAAUGCUGGGAUUCUUGAGCUUUAUGCUCACGCACGACUCGACACCAGCAGUACCGGUCCUCUACGUCUAUGAGAUCCAUCUCGCGAAGAUUGCACGUCGCAGAGGCCUUGGUUACGCGCUCAUGAACGUCGCACGGGGCAUUGCGAGCAAAGUCGGCGUGGAAAAGGUCAUGUUGACGUGUUUCCUGUCCAAUACUGCUGCUCUGGAGUUUUAUCGUAACCUUGGAUUCAAAAAGGAUGUGUGCUCUCCCGAGGAUCGACGGACGAGGAACAAAGUCGUCAAGACCGAUUACAUGAUCAUGAGUGAAGAUGUUGUCAAGGUGAAGGAGGAGGAGGUCCCAGAGCGUACUGUUCAGCUCAUUCCGAGCAAGCACGAUCCGCGGGUGUUACGCGCUCAGUCUUUGCCACAGCCUCAACGGCAGACCGAAGCCGUCAAGAUCAAGGUGGAGGCCCAAGAGUCUGAAGCUCAGCCAGCCCGAAGGAACAAUGUCCCGCAGGUAUCCCGUGCUCCGCCUCCACCACAACCUCAACGUCAGACUAAUCCGCAACCUCCCGCAAGACAUGACAGCCUCACCAUCCCUGCAAUCCUCCAGGGCCAUCCUGCUGCCCUCAACAGACUCGGCGCCGAAUUCAGACGCCACAACAUCGCCGUGCAAGGGCUAGGAAGCACUCUGGCGGCGGUGGAGAGUUUCAACACCGAUCACAGGCUCACACAGGAUGCCCCUCUCAUGGUGUGUCAAAGAAGUCUCAAACAGCAACUAGCAUUUCUUCAGGAGAGCUCGGCACGCGCUGAGACACUCUUAAGCACGUUGAACAAGCAGACUACACGACUGUCGAAGCAGGUGCGUUUUCUGAUCUUGUGAAGCACGAGCAUAUCGAGGAGGAUGUCGUGUCGGGGUUCGCACGUGGCGGCGUGAUCAAGACUGAGCCAGCUGAGGAAUGAAAUCGGCCGAUGGCCUGCGGUUGGGACAAACAUAGCAUCUUUGAUAGCUUGAAUCUACCCAAAGAGCAUACGCUUCUGCACCGACCGGCAUCAUGCCUCUCACAGCUUCUUCCCCGGUCUCCCACUCAGCGUGACCGGUCUCCUUGACCUCGCAGCCACCAUAGGGUCCUCCCUCGACCCCUUCAUCGGAAUCUGCUUCCACAUCUCAUUCCACACCCCCGGCACCGCCCCGCGAUCCGUC